AUGGCUACGAUAGCCUCCUCCCCCGGAGACUGCUGCAUCAAGGCAGUGGAACACACUGGGACGGCUCGCGGGACGAUCGAGAAGAUCGGCGGUGUGGAUACGUACGUGUCGCGCCCGCCGCAGGGGAGCGCGAAUAAUAGGGUCGUGCUCGUCUUCCCAGACGUGUACGGUCCGUUCUUUCUCAACUCGCAGCUGAUCAUGGACUAUUGGGCCUCGAACGGGUAUCUCGUGUUGGCCAUCGAUUACUUUGAGGGCGACCCCGUCCAGAACCACCUAUCGCGGGUGGGGAAGGAUUAUAAUAUUGAGUUCGAUUUCCUCCCUGGAAAGAUGGUACGCGCAAAGCAGCUCGCCCCGGUGUGGAUCGACGCCGCCCGAGCGCAAUUUGGAUCACCGCAGACAAAAUGGGCGACCGUAGGAUAUUGUUUCGGAGCUCCGUUCGUCAUGGAUUGUCUGGCGCAGGAUUGGAUAGUAUGCGGGGCAUUCGGUCAUCCGGCCGUACUCAAUGACAAUCACUUCCGCAAUAUUAAACGUGAAACCGCUCCUACUCUCCUGUGCAGGCGCGUCCAAAAUUAUGCGACUUAUCAUGCUCAUGAAAAUGCUAAUACGAUGGUCCGUGCAGAGGUGGACCAUACGUUCCCGUUAGAGUUCCGCCGCAGAGCAGAAGAUAUUUUGAUCGAGAAGAAAGCAACGUACCAUAUUCAAGUCUUCUCUGAUGUUAGCCACGGUUUUGCACUACGAGGAAACGUCAAUGACCCAGUCGCGAAGUGGGCGAAGGAGCAGAGUGCAGAGUCGAUUUUGAGUUGGAUCAACCUGUUUUCUGCCAAAGCCGAGUCCAGUCUGGGAGGGAUGGCAUCGGCUCUAUGA